AACAUUUCAGCGAGUGGCUAAACUGUGUUCCGUGAGAUAACAGUCUCGCGUGUUUCUAUCGGUAUUGAAAGUCUCGUAGUGCUCGAAUGGCGCGUGUUUUACUAACAGGUUUCAACACUGAGAGAACUAUUCGCGAAUUUCCGACUAAGUCGUAUUACGAAUCGUGUUUCCAUCUUAUAAUACUCGUAGUUUAAAUAGAUGAAUACGUUAACCGAAUAUUAAUCAUAGAAUACAAAAACUAGUGACAUAGUGACAGUGUAUAAUUUACGAGUGUAUUUUGCUCUUAAAACAUUCAACUUGCUUCAUCAGUAAGGAGGAGGAAUUCGCGUUGGCGAAGAAGCUUUCGAAUCCUCGAUUUCAUUUUUCCUACGGUUUCGAUUUUCCAACAAAAUGAUUCCUACUACAUUCGGAUUACGACACGUCCAAGUAUUCAUGAUGGUAACAGCUAUUACAGUUGCUUACAUUUUGAGAGUAAAUAUGUCUGUAGCUAUUGUCGCCAUGACUAAUAACAAGAUGGCUAAUGAAAAUUUUCAGGAUUUCGAUUGGAGUGAACCAGUAAAAGGGACAAUAUUGAGCGCCUUUUUCUGGGGCUACAUGAUGUUUCAAAUCAUCAUGGGAAAUUUAGGUGAAAAGUUCGGUACCAAGACGUUACUACUUGGGGCGAUGACAUUUUGCUCACUUAUAACAAUCCUGACACCGUUUUUGGCCGAUCUUGGUUCAACGGCCGUGAUUGUUUCAAGGGUACUGAUGGGAGCUGCUCAGGGUGCAUUUUAUCCAUGCGUGACGGUAUUUAUUUCAAAAUGGGUACCACUCGAAGAACAGGGAAACAGUUACACGUUGGCUUUUAGUGGAAGUAACGUAGGUACUCUGAUUGGUUUACCUUUAUCUGGAUUUUUGGCAGCGAGUUCUGCAGGAUGGCCGUCGAUAUUUUACGUAAGCGGUGCCAUUGGAAUUCUGUGGUCUGUGGUAUUUUUAUGGGUUGGAGCUAGUACCCCAGAUCUUCACCACGGUAUCAGCGAAGACGAGAAACAAAAAAUUAAGGAAUCGCUUCAAAAUCAAAAUCAAGAAGAAAAAUUACCGACUCCGUGGCGAGAAAUAGCGACUUCCUUACCACUAUGGGCGGUAUUCAUUGCACAUUUAGGACAGAAUUGGGGAUUCUGGACUUUAUUAACGGAAAUGCCCAAUUACAUUAGUUCGGUUUUGAAGUUCAAAAUAAAAGAUAAUGGAUUUUUAUCGUGUUUACCAUACUUGGCUGCUUCGAUCACGGCGGUGGUUUUUUCAUCUAUGUUUAAUCGUAUGGUUCAAAAAAAUGUUUUACCGAAAACCACUCUUAGAAAAAUAUUCAAUACAGUGGCAUUUUGGGGAUGUGGCCUUGCUCUUUUUAUUUUGGCUUUAAUGAAUACAACGGAUGCGACCACGGCUGUGUUUCUGCUAACAUUGGCGGUUGCUCUAGAUGGGGCCAUUUUUUCUGGUUUCAUCACAAAUCACGUCGAUCUAUCACCGAAUUUUUGCGGAACAUUGAUGGGAAUCACCAAUUCCUUAGCUAAUAUUACUUCGAUACUAGGGCCUUUAUUUGUAGGAUGGAUUGUUGAAAAUUCCGAGUCAGUCGAUCAAUGGAAAAAAGUAUUCUUCUUGAGUGCCGGAGUCAUGUUCGCGACGAAUUUCUUUUACGUCAUGUUUGGUACAUCUGAACAACAAUAUUGGAAUAAUCCUAACUCUUCACGUGAAAAAGAACAUUUACUUGAUAAAGAAAAGGUGGUGGAGAAAACGAAUGAUUUACAAGAAUGAAGAAAACUGGUUCAAGCCAAAAAAAAUGAACGCACCUACUGAAGUAGAGAACGGAAAUGAAUGAAAAUGAAAUUACAACGGCUGUGAUACAGAAUAAUGUAGGUAGCAAUUUUUUAAAUUUAGUCGAUUAAAAUAUUUUUGUUUGUUAAUUGCAUAAAUGUUAUACCCCAUGUGAUGGUUUGAAUGUCUAUUGUUUAGGUAUAUACGUAUAGUAAUUUUAUCUCUGUAUGUUUUUCUUCUUCAUUUUUUUCACGCUCGUGUAGUUUUUAUUAAACGGGUAAUCUUUUUUAAAAUCAUUAUUACCUAUUCCAUGAAAACGUCGCAUUAUUUUAUUAUUUGUAGUAAUUGUAACAGAGUUUAAUAUUCCAUCAGGAGCGUGUAAAAUAUUCGUCGAACUCGUUCGUUAAUUUCUCGAUAUUUCUAGUCAAUAAUACAUAAAUUGUAGGUAAGGUACAUACAUAUACCAAUUAAUUCGGAAUGUUUAUUUGCCAAUGCGAGUGGAAUAAUAAUACGAAAUGUAAUUAUGCACUUAUCUUUUAUAUGUAUUACUGUACCUACUCUUUGUAUAUUUUACAAUGUUUUAUACGUUCCAGUACAUGUACAAUACAUACGAGUGUAAAAAAAUCAA